AUGGAAUACCGCACACUGGACUACCGCCUCAAGUCCCUACACGGGCAGCGCGAUGUGUGGGAGCAGCUCGAGGAGCUCCAGGAUGCCGUCACGUCGCUGCGGCAGCGGCAGGAGCAGCAAACGGCGCAGUGGCAAGUCGUCUCUGCAGAGCAGCGGCAGCACUGUAGCGACUUGGCGUCCAUGUACCAGCAGCUGCAGGAACUUCUAGACAAGGCUUGGGAAGGAGACGGCACAGUGUUGGAGCGGCGGUGCAAUGGAAAGACGGCAACUUCUACUGCUGCUGCUGCUGCUGCCGCAGCGCUACCACAUCAUGACGCACUAAAGAGUGAGGUGCGUGAUCUGCUCCUGAACUUUAAGCAACACAUUGAGCGGCACACAACGUCGACAAAUCAACGGCUUGAUGGCAUGCAAAGGGGUAUAGAGAGUAUCCAAAGUACUCUCCAAGGGGCAAGUAGUCGCCUUACGCAGGUGGAGGAACGCCUCACACAGUUCGAGCAGCAACAGCGGCAGCUGCAACAGCGUGUUUCCUGCACCCCAUCCUUUGAGAAUAUAGAAGAGCUCCGCGAAACACUAACUCAGAGGCUCCAGUCAAUGCAAGAGGACUCGGUGUCGGCGUUGCAGCGUAGCAGCCGAAGCGUUGACGAAAAACUUGCGAAACACGAGACGAAGCGCCGUGAGGAGCAGGAGACCCUGCACCGUGAGACGCUGCAAUCCAUAGAAGAGGCAGCCAGAGAGCUGCAAGGGGAGCUGGAGUCCGUGCGCCGCGGACUGGAGACGCAUGUCGUCGCCACCGAUGCCAAGACACGCGCCCUCGAGGAGCGGGCGCGGCGCCACAUUGAGGAGACGCUGAAGAGCCAUGUGGCACGGACAUGCGCGCAGAUACAGGAGGUGCAAAGUGAGCUGAGUGGCAAGCACGUGCAGCUUGUCGAGGACACGAUGGAGGCGGUCGAGCGGAUCGCGCAGGUGGCCGACGGUCUGCCGCGGAAGGUGGCGCUGCUGCAGGAGGACGCCGCGGACAUCCGGGAGAACCUGCAGCGUCAUGGCGAGGUGCUCAACGAGCAGUGCCUGCAGGGAUCGCUGCAGGGCGCCUUUGAUGAGGUGAAGGACUGGCUGCAAGACCUCGAGCAGCGCGCGCUGAGCCGCGGCGAGUUCGACGAGGCGCUGGUGGGCGUUGACGAGAAGAUCGCGGCGCUGCGGCGCGAGUUCAUCAUCCGCAGCCCGGUGGAGCACGCCACGGACGAGAGUGACGGUGGUGAGGGUGGGCGGGCGGCGGGCCCACAGUAG